CGUGUGUUUGACGUACGGUCGCUCCGCCCUCCAACUUCCUCUUUUACUGUGGCAGUGAGUGAGAGGCACCAUGAAGGCGUCCGGCACACUUAGGGAGUAUAAAGUCAUUGGGCGUCUGCUGCCCUCUGCCAAGAACCCUGCACCUCCUCUCUAUCGGAUGAGGAUUUUUGCCCCUAACCAUGUUGUGGCCAAGUCUCGCUUCUGGUACUUUGUGUCUCAACUGAGAAAAAUGAAGAAGGCAUCUGGAGAAACUGUCUACUGUGGACUGGUUCAUGAGAAGACCCCACUGAAGGUGAAAAACUUUGGUAUCUGGCUGCGUUAUGACUCUCGUAGUGGCACCCACAACAUGUACAGAGAGUACAGGGAUCUGACAACCUCUGGAGCAGUCACUCAGUGCUAUCGUGAUAUGGGAGCUCGCCACCGUGCUCGUGCUCAUGCCAUCCAGAUUAUGAAAGUCCAGAUUAUCCCUGCCAACAAAUGCCGCAGACCUGCCAUCAAGCAGUUCCAUGAUUCAAAGAUCAAGUUCCCCCUGCCCCACAGGGUCCUGCGCCGUCAGCACAAACCACGUUUCACCACCAAGAGACCAAAUACCUUCUUCUAAAUAUAUGUAUGUGGUUUUGUGCAGAAAUAAAAAUUACAAAAGUACAAAU